AUGAAGCUUGAGUUGGGAAUGAAAUGUUUGUUAGAGCAUUUCGAGUUUAAAGUUGAUAGAUCAUCUAAGACAUUGUAUGAAGUUUCAUGCAUGGGUGAUGGUUGUGAAUGGCGAUUUAAGGCAUAUGCUAUUCAUUGUGGUAGUUUAUUUUUUGUUAAACAUAUGAACGAUAGACACACCUGUUCGAAGACGCAAACACACCCACAUUUCCGUCAGGCUAACCCAAAGGUUUUGGGUCACUUUUUAAAGGAACAACUAAAAGACAGUGAUAGGAUAUAUCGAGCGAAAGAUAUUGUCAAAGAUUUUAGACAAAGGUUCAAGGUUGAGAUAACAAACGUUCAAGCUUGGCGUGGUAAAAGCCAUGCACUUGAACUUCUACAAGGAACAACCCGAUACUCUUUUUCCGAACUACCAAUAUACUGUUACAAUUUGAAGCUUGCAAAUCCUGGAAGCGUUACUCACAUCUUGGUUGAUGAGCAGAGUCGUUUUGAAAUGGUUUUUGUUGCUUUAGGUGCUGCGAUUGGUAGCUUUAUGUUUAAUCUAAGACCGGUCGUUAUCAUUGACGCGACACACCUAAAGGGUGCAUUUAAAGGGAUGUUUUUAGCAGUGGGCAUGGAUGGAAAUAAUCAGAUUUUACCAAUUGCUUAUGGGGCAUUGGAAAAUCAGAGGAUGAUGAAUGUUGCACAUGGUUUCUCUCAAAGCUUAGAGACUGUGUUGGUGAAAUAG